GAACAAGAUCCAGAAUUAGACUGCAUUCCACAACAACGAUUACAGGAGAAAAAGAUUGUGCAGCGAAUAAAACAUAUUCCGAUGAAAUGUCCGAGAUGGGUACAGAAGAUUAAGCAUGAUAAAUGGGAUAGAUGUAAACUGGCAUUGCCCCCACAGGCAAAUUCAUUUAAAUUUCCACAAAGGAAUGGCGAAGUGGUGAAGGCCAGAGCGGACGAUACAGACGAACGCCUAAAGCAACGAUGA